AUGCGUGUCUCUAUCACCCUCGCUCUCGUUGCCUGUGUUUCUCCGGCUGUCCUUGCCAGUAAGCAUGCCCCUGCUACAAGCUCGGUAGUCGCAAAUGCAGCUUCAGUUGCUGCGCCUGCAACUGCAGCCUCAGCUGUACCUACCACACCAGCUGCUCCUGCAACACCUGCAACAUCUGCAACGCCUGCAACGCCUGCACCGUCUGCCACCCCGGCCACCCCGAUCACCCCAAUCACCCCUGCCGUCGUUACCCAUGGUCAUCCUCAUGGUGUUCCUGGCGCUACUCAUGCUGCCGCUACUCAUGCUGCUGCCGCUACUCAUGCUGCUGCCGCUACUCAUGCUGCUGCUACUACUCAUGCUGCUACACCAGCUACCGUUCCAGCUGCUGCUCCGGCGUCUGCAUCGGCUGUAUCGGUUACAUCGGCUGCAUCGGCUGCAUCAGUUGCAUCGGGUGGAUCAGGUGGAUCAGGUGGAUCAGGUGGAUCGGGCUCUGGACACCACGGUUCUGGUUCUGGACACCAUGGCGCAGGUGUCCAGUACGCAGCACCUGCCGCCUCUAUUGACUGUGAGACUUCGUCGCCUCCUGCAUAUGCACCUCCGUCGACCUCAUGUGAACCCACGACUACUGUCGUUGCUGUCCCUGAGCCAACAACUACUGUAGUUGCGGUUCCUGAGCCGACUACCACUGUUGUUGCGGUACCUGAGCCCACUACUACCGUAGUUGCUGUCCCCGAGCCGACUACCACUGUUGUACAGGUGCCCAAUGCAGGUGCUGACGACUGCAACACGCCGACGACUGAGGAUUGUGAUACUCCGACCACCGACUGCGAGACCACUCCAGACUGUGACACACCGACCACCGACUGUGAGACUACUCCGGACUGUGAUACCCCGACUACUGACUGCGAGACCACCCCGGACUGUGAUACACCCACCACCGACUGCGAGACUCCGACCACCGACUGCGACACGCCAACCACCGACUGCGAGACCACCCCGGAUUGUGACACUCCUACCACCGACUGCGAGACUCCUACCACCGACUGCGACACGCCAACCACCGACUGUGACACGCCGACUACCGACUGCGACACCCCUACCACUGAUUGUGAGACUCCUACUACCGACUGCGAGACCCCUGCAUAUGAGCCGGAUUGCGAGGAUACCACAACCGUCGUCAUGGUUCCUGAUGAGGACUGUGUGACCACUGUUGUCCAGAUGGCUGGUGAGGUCGCCCAGACACUCAACAACGGCGCGCCAGUUGCCACCAUCGGCUCGUGUGUCGAUUACACCGUCACCAUCGUCAACACGCAGUAUGUCUAUGCCACCACUAGGGUCACACCUCAGUGGCUCGCUGUUCCCGGCCAGACCGUCGUGCCUAAUGCUGGCGAGGAUUGCGAUUAA